GUGAUUUUGUCAGUGAACAGUCCAGGGGGAAGUGUGGCAUCCUACGGCCUUGCAAGUGCGCAAAUAGAACGUUUGGCGAACGUGGUAGGUAUCACCACGACGGCGUGUGUCGAUCGAUACGCUGCUUCCGGUGGAUACAUGAUUGCCAGUCAAGCCCAUCGAAUCGUGGCAGCGCCGUUUGCCUCGGUCGGGAGCGUCGGAGUAAUCAUGGAAGGACUCAAUUUUCAUGAUUUGGCGAAACGAUAUGGUGUCCAGCCUAUGAUUCUGAAAGCGGGCAAUGAAAAGAAUCCGCUAACGACUUUCGGCUCCGUGUCAAAGCAGGAUUUGAAACACGAGACCGAACGUCUCGAGAAAGUUCACGACGCCUUUCGACAGCUCGUUGUUCGCGGACGUCCCGAGCUAGCGGACAAGCUCGACGAAGUUGCUAACGGAAAUGUUUUCCUAGGGCUGGAAGCUGUUGAGUUGGGACUUGUUGACGCGGUGAUGACAUCUGAC